UCUCAAGCCGUUUUGGACGAGUUGUGAAUGAAAAUACCUCUUGCCAACAGAUGAGUGCCACAUCAGCCACAAGCUGCGCCUUGCCACCGCCGCUUGGGCCCGAGCAAGAGGAGCAAGAGAGCUCAGAGACACAUAUGUCAUUUCUGUGGUAUGCAGGGCAGCUGGCAAUUACUUACUAUGAUACAGAAGAUUGCUCAGUCUACUUCAUGCCUGACACACUUGAUAAUGAAGACCUCAAGCUAUUGCAAAAAGUGAUUGGGGAACUUAACCCUCAAUGCAUAGUGACAAGUGCAAAACAGGACCAGAAUAUUGCCAAAUUCCUGACCAACCUAACAGCUACUGCUGAUGAUAAAGACAUAGGAAAACCAGAAAUUGUCCUGUUUCCCAACAUAGAUUUUGGUCUAGAAGUCAGCAAGCAACGGAUCCUGUCUAGGCAAUUUCCAUUUAUCCCAUCCCAUAUGACUGCCACAGAGAAAAUUCUCUAUUUGUCCUCAAUAAUACCUUUUGAGAGUCCACUCAUGAUACGAGCCUUAGGGGGACUUCUUAAGUUUCUAGACAGAAGAAGGGUUGGAGUUGAACUCGAAGACAGCAGUAUAGCAGUUCCUAUUUUGGCCUUUAAAAAAUUUGUGCUGUCAGAUACUGUGAAUCUGGACCAAGACACUUACUGUGUCCUGCAGAUAUUUAAAAGUGAUAUUCAUCCUUCUGUGUACAAGCUAUCCAGUGGACUUAAAGAAGGAUUUAGCUUAUUUGGAAUUUUAAACCGCUGCAGAUGCAAAUGGGGAGAAAAACUGCUGAGGUUGUGGCUCACACGACCUACCCGGAACCUGGCAGAGCUGAACAAACGGCUGGAUGUUAUCAACUUCUUCCUGCUAGCUCAGAAUCAUGAAACCGUCCUCACUCUUCAAAACUGCCUCAAGAAUAUUAAAAAUGUGCCUCUUAUUUUGAAGAGAAUGACUCUUUCCAACACAAAAGUUAGUGACUGGCAAGCACUGUAUAAGACAGCAUAUAAUGCAGUGUGCCUUAGAGACACAUGUCGUUCUCUGCCCAACACUAUUGAACUUUUUCAGACUAUUUCAUGUGUUUUCACUGAUGAUCUGCACUAUAUUGCUAACCUGAUCAGCAAAGUGGUAGACUUUGAAGGCAGCCUCUUAGAGAACCGCUUCACUAUUAGACCAAAUGUAGAUGCCGCAAUUGAUGAGAAGAAACGAAAGCUGAUGGGACUCCCAGGCUUCCUUACAGAAGUGGCACAAAAAGAACUGGAGACUUUGGACAAUCAUAUUCCCUCCUGUUCUGUGAUCUACAUUCCUUUGAUUGGGUUCCUUCUCUCCAUUCCACGCCUACCAAAUAUGGUGGAUAAGACUGACUUUGAAAUUGAAGGCUUGGACUUCAUGUUCUUGUCAGACGAUAAACUACACUACAGAAGUGCCCGGACCAAGGAGCUAGACAGCCUGCUGGGUGACUUGCACUGUGAGAUCAGAGACCAGGAAACACUCAUCAUGCACCAGCUGCAGACAAAGAUCUUGGAGAAGUCUGAAGUACUUAACAGCGUGAUUGAGUACGCUGCACACCUGGAUGUGCUGCUAGCCUUGGCAGCAAUGGCCCGGGAGAACGCCUAUUGUCGACCUUGCUUUACUCACCGCCACGGCUUCCACAUCAAGGACGGAAGGCAUCCACUCAUGGAACUAUGUGCAAAGACUUUCGUGGCCAAUCCUGUGGACAGUGGCGAGGCUACCAGACGAAUAAAGAUCAUCACAGGGCCCAACUCCUCUGGAAAGAGUGUUUACUUAAAGCAAGUAGGUCUUAUAGUGUUCAUGGCUCUAAUCGGCAGUUACGUCCCGGCAGCAGAGGCAGAGAUUGGAGUAAUUGAUGGGAUUUACACAAGAAUCCACAGCAGGGAAUCAGUUUCUGUAGGGCUCUCCACGUUCAUGAUUGAUCUUAACCAGGUUGCCAAGGCUGUAAACAAUGCCACAGAGAGGUCCCUGGUACUUAUUGAUGAGUUUGGUAAAGGCACCAACACACUGGAUGGCCUGUCCCUUCUGGCUGCUGUCCUGAGGUACUGGAUCAGACAAGGAACACAGUGUCCACAGGUCUUUGUCUCCACUAAUUUUCACAGUUUAAUGCAGCUAGAACUCCUGCCUGACACACCUCUUCUGGAGUACUUGACCAUGGAGACCCAUCAGGAUGGAGAGGAAUUGAUAUUUUUCUAUCAGAUCAAACAGGGCAUAUCCACCAUUAGUCAUGCUGCCAAUAUUGCUGCAUUAGCGGGAAUGCCAGCAAAAAUUAUUGAAAGAGGAGUGGAAGUAUCAGAACUGAUUCGCAACGGAAAACCUAUCAAACGUCUUGAUAAUCCUUCAAAAUGUGAUAGGAUGGAAAAAUGCAAGUCUGUUGUAGAAAAGUUUCUUUGCAUAGACCUUGACGAUCCCCAAGUGGACUUGGAAGAGUUCAUGUCUAAAGAGGUGUUGCCUUCUGCAGCCUCAGUCCUGUAGCAAGGGUAUGUGUAAAUACAUAGACUGCAUCAUAUCUACCAUGGACAGUCCAGUACUUCAAAGAAUGAUCACUAUGACAUGACACCUCACAGGACAUUUAGCUUGUAACAAACUGUCUGCAGUUAUGUCCUUCCUCCUUCUUGUUUAAAUCAAGUACUUACAUAUCCCUGCAAUAUGGUGUAUCAUAUGAGUGUAUGAAGAAGAAGAAUUUUAAGAACCUC